AUGUCUGUUGAAAAUAUUAGAAAAUUAGUUACAUUUUUAAAUGCACCACCUUUUUCUAAAAAUCUAAAUUUAAUUACCUUUGAUAGUUUAAAAAAUGAUAAACUUCUUCAAUUAUUAAGUGAUGUAUUACAAUGGAUAACGAAUGAUAGUAUUAUUGAUAUACGCUCAGAAUCUGCAGAAGAAACAGCUAUACGAAUAUUUAAUGCUUUACGUUUAAUAAGAUUUAGAGCUCCAAAAGAUUUAGAUGAAUUACAAGACUGGAGGACUGGUAUAAUUGAGGGAGAGAAAUGUUAUAUAUACCCUAUCUUAUAUUGGGUUUUUACAAACCAAGAAAAAAUCAGAGAACGUGUAUAUUUAUCACAUUAUUUGACAAAAGUUAAUAUCCCUCCAGAAUUCAAAGAUGAUGAGAUUAUUGAACUUGAAAAUGAAGUUAAUCAAGUUAUGGAACAAUUUAAAGAAACUCACAAAGCUGUUAAAGAUGUUAAAUUUGACAGUUUAUUGAUACAAGAUAUUAAAAAUGAUUUAAAUACAAUGAGUCAAGAAAAAGAACAAUUGAAUAGAAGAGUUGAAAAAGUUAAAAAAAAAGUUAUGAAUAUAAAAGGUUAUGAAAAAUAUUUAAAAUUAGCUAAACAAUUACGUAUAGCUAAAGAUGAGGGAACAAAAUAUCGAGCAUUAAAAUUUGAACAAGAAACAUUUAUUUCUAAUUAUAGUGGUAAAAAAAAACGCCUUGAAAGAGAUAUUAAUGAAAUAGAAAAUAAUAUAAAUAACAUGAAUCCAUCACAAUUAAUAAAAGAUCUUGAAGAAGAAAUUGAUAGUUAUACAUAUAUUUUAACAGAUAAAUUACAACCAGAAAUAGAAAAUAAGCAAAGGAUAAUACAUGAUUUGACACAAAUUGCUAAUAUGAAAACUAUUACUAAAGAAGAUAUUUUAGAAAUGAAUAAAAAUAUUGAUAAUCUUAAUGCUGAUAUUAUGAAUUUAACAUUAGAAAGAGAUAAUAAGGAUGAAGCUAAUGAUGAUAAGUUAUCUAUUUAUAGACAUCAAGCUGCUAAUAUUGCUAGAAAAAAAAGUGUUAUGGCAGAAAUACUUCAAAGAAGGAGAGAGGAUCUAACUGAAGUAGAAAAUGAACUCAAUGAAAAAAAGAAGAGAUUAAAAGAAAAAUAUGGUGGUGGGGAGGUUGUCAGUAGUGUUGAAAUGAAAAAAUAUAUUUCAAAAUUUAGAGCUAAAACAUUUGAAUAUAAAAAAAGAAAAGGAACAAUUGAUAAUAUGAAACGUGAAAUUGGAAUUUUAAAUGGAACUCUUAAUAUUCUUAAUAGAGAAUGGAAUAUAAUUAAAAAAGAUAAAGAAAAUAAAAAAGAAAUUGUAAUAGAAACAAUUUUGAAGCAACCUGUCAAACCUAAAGGAUAUGAAAGACCUAAAACUGGAAAAGUUAAAACACGUAAUGUAGAUGAAUUGAAAAAACUUAUUAAUGAUAUGGAAAAUGAAAUUGAAUUUAAAAAAAAUGAAGGAACAACUUUAAAUGAUCAAUUGUUGUCUAUUCAUGAAAAAAUAAAUAGAUUAAAAAAACUUUCUCAAGAGAAAGAUAAUGAUAAUGAUAUUAUGGAAAUAAAUAAAAUGGAAGGCCUUCUUGAAAGAAUAACAUCUCAGGUAUCUGAAGAAUCAAGGAAUGUCGAAAGGCAUCAGGAAUAUGUUAAUAAAAUUAAAGAUGAUUUACUAGUUCCAUCACUUGAAAAUGAAGAAAAAUCAUUAGAGGAAGAAAAAACUUUAUUAAUUAAAGAAAUGGAUAAUUUAAGAAGACAAGAGCAAUCAGUUGAUCAAAUUGAAAUGUGGAAAGGUAUACAAGAAAUUUUUGAUUCUAAACUUGCUUAUUUUGAAAAAUUUCAUUAA